AUGGGUCACUGCAGUGCUAAUGCUUCCAUCCACCUUGUCUCACUAAUUAUACUGUCAGGAAUUUUAUCCCUUGAAACCAUUAAACUCGGUUUCUGCAGUGAUGAUCAUAAUGUAGGAUGCAUAGAUAUAGAGAGGAAAGCCCUUCUCAAGCUCAAACAAGGCCUCAUGGAUCCUUUCGGACGGUUUUCGUCUUGGGUGGGAGAAGAUUGCUGCAAAUGGAGUGGUGUAGGGUGCAACAACAUAACUGGACGUGUCAACAGGCUCGAUCUUAGCACUGGUGAUGGUGGUGAGAUCAACCCUUCUUUGCUUGUUUUGAAAGAUUUGGUUUACUUGGAUUUGAGCAUGAAUUUCUUUGAAGGUGUCUUUCCAAGUUUCAUUGGAUCACUAGAGAAACUGAAAUACCUCGAUCUCUCUGGUUCAUAUUUUGUUGGAGUCAUUCCCCCCAAUCUUGGAAACCUCUCAAGGUUGCUUUAUCUUGAUCUUAGUACUUUAUAUAGGGACAACCCAAUUGAGACUGACCUUCAGUGGCUUGCAACCCUUUCUUCCUUAAAGUACCUUAACUUGGAAGGAGUGAACCUUACUAAGACUACAUCCUAUUGGCUUCCCGCUAUUAAUAUGCUCCCUUCACUUGUUGAAUUGCGUUUGCCCUCUUGUAGUCUUUCCAUGCUUCCUCUCACUCUUCCUUCCAUCAAUUUCACAUCCCUUUCAGUUCUUGAUCUCUCUGACAAUAAAUUCAACUCCACGAUACCUCCUUGGUUGUUCAAUCUCACUAAAUUAGAGAUGUUGGAUUUCGAAUUUAACCGUCUGACAGGAAAACUGCCUGAUUCUUUGGGAUAUCUUAAAAGCUUGAGAUACCUCAACUUGUCGAGUAACUUACUUGAGGGUUCAAUCCCAAAAUCGAUUGGAAAUUUAACAUCUUUGGAGGAGUUUAACCUUGAAACGAAUCAAAUGAGUGGGAUCAUCCCAGAAAGUCUUGGGGAGCUCUCAUCGCUGGUUUCACUUGAUAUCUAUGACAACACAUGGGAAGGUGCCAUUACAAAAGCUCAUUUUGCGAAACUUGGAGGCCUAAGAAAAGUAUCAAUUGGAAAUUAUGUCCGAAACAUUCCCUUGGUUUUCAACAUAAGUUCUGAUUGGAUACCUCCUUUCAAAUUAAGAUACUUGGAAACUGCUUCUUGCCAACUGGGUCCCAAAUUUCCUACGUGGCUUAGAAAUCAGACUCAAUUGACCAUGGUGGUACUCUAUAGUGCUAGGAUUUCAGGCACCAUACCAGAUUGGUUUUUGCAGUUGGAUUUGCAAUUAGAUGGGCUAGAAUUCGUUGAUAAUCAACUAAGCGGCAGGGUGCCCAAUUCAUUCAGAUUCAGCUAUGAUUCCUUUGUUGAUUUGAGUUCAAACCGCUUUGAAGGCCCACUCCCACUCUGGUCCUCAAACAUUUCCAGGCUGUAUCUUAGAGAUAAUCUAUUUUCAGGGCCAAUUCCUCAUAACAUUGGUCAAGUGAUGCCCAAUUUGACAUAUCUAGACAUUUCUACGAACUCCUUGAGUGGAAGCAUUCCCCUGUUCUUGGGUAAUUUAAGCCAAUUAGAAGCCAUAUUGAUCUCAAAUAACCUCUUUUCUGGUGAGGUUCCUCAUUUUUGGAACAAUAUGCCAUCAUUGUUUUGUAUAGAAUUGUCAAACAACAGUCUCUCUGGCACAAUCCCAAGAUCUUUAGGCUCUCUUACUUCACUCGAGUUCUUGGGCCUCUCUAGCAACAACUUUUCAGGUGAAGUUCCUUCCUUGAAAAACUGCACUCACCUGAGAAUUCUUGAUCUCGGUGAUAACAAGUUUUCUGGACCGAUUCCGGCUUCCAUCGGAGAAAGCAUGCCCAAUUUACAGAUUCUAAGCUUGAGGUCUAACUCAUUUACGGGAAGCAUCCCUUUAAAAUUAUGUGGCCUUUCCGCUCUCCAUAUAUUGGACUUCUCACACAACAAUCUUUCCGGAAAUAUUCCCCAUUGCAUAGCGUUGAUCUCUCGGACAAUAAAUUGUCAGGAGAGAUACCUAUCGAGCUAA